UGACUUUGCCACUCUAUAGAUACCACUUAAAUGAUGCACUAUACAAGUUAUGUCAACUCCCAAAUUUAACGAAGAUGACCCAAUCACACCAACCUCGCCUUCACCUUCCGAAGGUUCCGCUGCUUCAUACACUCGCCACGACAGUCUUUGGUUCGUAGACGGAUCCAUCAUAAUUCAGGCAGAAACAACUCUUUUUCGUGUGCAUAUGUCGCAGCUGUCCCGACACAGCACCUUCUUUCGGGACCUCUUCUCGCUGCCACAACCGCCACACCUCCAGAACGUCACUGAGUCCCAAUCGCAAAGCGAGACGCAGUUCCCCGUUAAUGGGGACGACCAACGAUACAUGGAUGGCUGCCCCGUGCUCGAGGUCUCGGACACCGCAGAGGACUAUGAGCACCUGCUGCGUGCCCUGUAUGAUGGCCCAAUCUUUGGCAACAACGACCGUGAGGACUUCAGAGUCGUGUCUGGUAUCUUGCGUCUGGCGACGAAGUACCUCAUAGACACGCUUCGCACGCGGGCUCUGGACCACCUUGCCAUCGCUUGGCCGACCUCUCUUAAAGGCUGGGACACCAGGGAAGACAUUGCUCGCGUUUUUGAAAGCGAAACCGGGCAGCCGCGCGGACUAAGAUACCCUUCACCAAUUGACAUCAUCACUCUCGCACAAGAAGUGUACGCCCCGAGUCUGCUUCCCGCUGGAUUCUACGACCUGUCAAGGUACCACUUCUCUCAAAUUUUCGACCCCGGGCAGGAGCAGACGCGCGCCAUUCUGUGCUGCAUCAACCCCGACACCAGCCUCUCGAUGGAAGACUUACAGCGGCUCGCCCUAGGCAAAGAGGCCUCUUCGCAGGCGGUGCCGGCUCUCAUCCAGUCCAUGAGCACGCAGGCGCAGCGCUCCUUUCCGGCAUACGAGCAGAAACGGGGCGCCGCCGAUGGAAACGACCGCCGGCGCUGGACUGGGCGCGGCGUGUGCGUAUCAGGCGCGGCAUGCCGCAAGGACUUUACCGAGCUCAUCGAGCUCGCGACGAAGCACUACCUUUUCGACCGCGAGCAGGGCUGCGCGGAUCCGCUCUACGUCGCCGAGGAGCUCGGACAGCUCAAGAGCGCCGAGUUCAGCGAGUGCAAGGCGUGCGCGUACAGCCUCGAGGCGUGGGCCGUACGCGAGCGCGACAGGCUCUGGAAGCUUGUGCCGGGCUGGUUCAGGCUCGAGGUGCGGUGAGCGGCUCAUUCGUAUCAUGGCUUCGAAAUCGCCGGAAAAUGUCGGCUUCAGACGCUCCCGAGAGCGGCCAGGCGGCGCAUCAUUUCCAUAGGGUU